AUGGAUGGAUUUGACGAGGAAGCUUUCAAAAAGUUCUUUCCAGGCAGUUUUGGGAAACAAGAGACAAAGAGCGACCUUUCCACCCAACUUGAGCGUUCAAAGCGAGCUGAUGUCAAGGCGAAGGUCGAGAAUGAGGAAGCAGGCGCCGCUGGGUCGCAACCUUUAAUCACCGAUGAAGACGAUAAACCCGGCAAAGAAGAGAUAGACCGCGACAAUGAUAGCGAUGACGACGAUGACGAUGAUGACGACAGCGAUGAUGAAGAUGAAGAUGAGUUUCCUGUCUCGCAUGAACUCGUCUUCAAGACACAUGAACGGGCCGUAACAACCCUGUCGGUCGAUCUUCCAGGUAGUCGAUUUGUGUCAGGUUCUGCAGAUUGCACAAUCAAAUUUCACGAUUUCGCGUCAAUGACACCUUCUACGCUACGCGCCUUCAAGUCUGUCGACCCCAGCGCGAAGAAGAAUGCCGCGGCACAAGAAACACAUUCGGUUCAUUACGUCGCAUUCAACCCGAUAUCGCCUGGUCAGAUUCUCGUGAUUCCCGCUACGCCACAACCAAAGAUCCUCGAUAGGGACGGAAACGUGCUUACUGAAUUCGUCAAGGGUGAUAUGUACUUGCGGGACAUGCACAAUACGAAAGGCCAUGUUUCAGAGGUUACAUCGGGGGCCUGGAGCCCAACAGACUACAACUUAUGCGCCACCGCCGGAACUGACAGUACGGUCAGAAUAUGGGACGUCAACGUUGGUCGGAAUCAAAAAGAAGUCAUCGCGUAUAAGUCCAAGGCUGCUGGUUCAGCUGGUAGGACUAAGAUCACUGCUGUCGCAUGGGCGUCACCGAAACAAGGCGGACCUAAUGUGCUUGUCGCUACCGGUCUGGACGGUAGCCUGGUGAUGUGGAGUGGCGAUGGGCCAUAUACAAGACCGGCGGCAGAAAUUAGAGAUGCUCAUACGCGAGACACUUGGACUAGUGGGCUGGAUAUCAGCCCUGAUGGUCGUCUCGUAGUGACUAAAGGAGGAGAUGACACAAUUAAACUGUGGGAUACUCGCAAAUUCAAGCAGCCUAUCACCACGGUCACGCAUCAGUCAUUAAGCCACUAUCCAACGUCGAACAUUAAAUUCUCGCCAACAGGCACCAACAUUAUUACUGGUUCGGAGACCGGCCAUCUUCAUAUUCUGAACCCGGCGACGCUGAAGCCAGAGCUUGUAUCACCGGUAACUCCAGGCUCGCCAGUGAUUACGGUACUAUGGCACGAGAAAUUGAAUCAAAUAUUAACGGGAUCCGCCAAUGCGGAAACCCACGUUCUAUAUAACCCGACAAUGUCCUCCAAGGGCGCCGUUCUUAUCAUGUCCAAGGCCCCCAAGCGCCGACACAUUGAUGACGACCCAACCCUAACCACAGAUAUAUCACAAGGAUUCUCCGGCGAUGCGGUAGUCGUCGGAGCAAAUGGCCUUCCCCAGACCGCAGCAGCCAGCUGGUCAUCGCGCCACCCAACCGUUGGACUCACUGUAUCCGGGCGCUCGAGGGACCCUCGUCGACCACACCUCCCUGCACAAACCCCGUUUGCAAAAUCGCAGCCUGACGAGAAACAUAUUCGCGAGAGUAUUCCUCUGAGUUCAAUGCGUGAUGAAGAUCCACGCGAAGCGCUGCUGAAGUAUGCUGAAAAGGCACAAAAGGAUCCUAUCUUUACAAAGGCCUGGCAGAAAACACAGCCCAAAACCAUUUAUGCGGAACUCAGUGAUGAGGAAGAAGAACGCCCUGAAAAGAAGAAGAUUAGACGAUAG